AUGUCUUCCGGAUCGACCCCGUCUAGCAGUACAAGUCGAGGCACUCCGCGCCGACCCCCCAAGCUACCCUCGUCAGCCUUCGCACCCGCUCCCGUCGUGGCACGUCGAGCGUACCCUCAACGAAUCCUCGACACCCACGUCCAUCUCUGGACCACGGAGCAACUCGACCAAGGGAACAUCACCUGGCCACCUACAUGUUCGAACGCGUUGAAUGAUGGUGCGCAUUCGUUGGAAGGCGAGUAUGCCCCGGCGGUGCUGAAAGGGGUCAAGAUGGUUGGGCGACACGUCGAGGCCGUCGGAUGCGUAUAUGUCCAGGCCGAGUACAAACAUGACGAUGCUGAGAAGGAUGGAUCGGGUGGUGGGUGGGAAAGCAGUCUCGCCGAGGUCAAACAGUUGAGUUGCAAGCGAGGUCUCUUGUGUGGGGUCCGAGCGUGCGUCGCUGACCCGGGGUGGCACAUAUGACAGUGUCUGUGAAUCGUCAGCCAAGAGUGAUGUCAAGGUGCUCGCUCUGUGCCCAUGGGUGAGUAUUGGAAAUCGAAAUUUCUUCUGCUGUGAUCUGAGCCUACCUGAUCCGAAAACCUUGACUAUAGGCACCCGUACAUCUUGGCGCAUCGGUCCUCGAGUCAUACCUUCCCAAAAUCACUUCGGCAGCAUCAUCAAGUUCGAUCCCCAUCGCCUCGUUCCGCUACCUUCUCCAAGAUUCCCCUAACGGCACUUACCUGUCCCCGGACUUCAUAUCGGGUCUUCACCACCUCGGUUCGAAAGGGUACGCCUUUGACCAUACGGUCGAUUCAAGACGAGGCGAAUGGAUGUUGCAAGAUUCGGUCGAGAUGAUCUCGACGCUGAGGUCCCAAGGUGGGACGACCAAGAUCAUCCUGGACCAUUGUGGCAAACCCGAUUUGGCGAGCUGGCCCCGGUCGUCGAAUUCGUCUGGACCUGAUAAUGUGGCGUCCAAGACCUCGCAUGGUGACUGGUUGGAGUCGAUCUACCAGUUGGCUCUAUUCCCCGAUGUCUAUGUCAAGGUCUCAGGUCUGUUGGACCUCUGUCCGGCGGAGACUGUCGAUCUCGCCGCGCGCGAAUUCGAACAGAAGCAACGUGAUGCAUCUUCGAGGCAAAGUGUAAAGGGAGGGCAGGACGCGAUGGACGAGCUCAAGGCGAGGAUCAAGAAAGUCGUAGAACCCAUCUUGGAAGCUUUCGGCAUCGAAAGGGUCAUGAUUGGGUCCGGUGAGUCAUGUGUCAUCGAGGACGGAGGAUCACCCUUUGGGAAACUGACUCGAUAGUCCUGGAUCCAGACUGGCCCAUGUUUCGAGCGUGUACGAUCCCGACUCGGGAGAAAGAUGCUCAAGAAGGCAGGGACGUUGUUCAGGAAGCGUCGGUAUGGGCUCUGGGGGUGAAGUUGUGCCUCGACGUCUUGCUCGAAUUGGGGUUGGAUGGGCCGGCAUUGGAUCGGAUUUUCGAGGGGACCGCAAGGGAGGCGUAUGGGAUCAGCAGUGCAUGA